AUGCGCGCCGCACAAUGGCGCUCAAUCAAGGGCGGCAUCGAAAAGAAUCUCACUCUCGUCACUGACGCCAAACUACCCAAAAAUGCUUCAUCGCUGUCUAAAGGACAAACCCUCGUCAAAGUCGCAUACGCAUCGGUCAAUCAUCUCGACUACAAAAUCGCCGAAAUGCCUUUGACUAACUUCAUGUUCUCUAAGCCUGUCACGCCAGGUCUUGACUUCUCUGGCACGAUAGUCUCCACGACACUUAAUGAAUUUCAGUCCGGUCAGAAGGUAUUCGGAAGGACAGAGUUGCCGGUUGGUGGAACUCUUGCUGAGUAUGUUGUCGUUGGGAGUAAGGGAAUGGCGGUGUUGCAGGAUGGUGUUGAGCUCAGAGAUGCAGCCUGCGUCGGGAUUUGUGGAACAACUGCUAUACAGUGCAUGUCGCCAUUUGUGGAAGAAGGUGAUAGGGUCUUUAUCAAUGGGGGCAGUGGAGGGGUUGGUGUUUUUGCCAUCCAAGUCGCGAAAGCUCUAGGAUGUUCUCAUGUCACCGUCACUUGCUCCGCUUCCAAUGCCGAAUUCUGUCGAAGCCUCGGUGCUGAUGAGACUAUUGACUACAAAUCCGAAGACCCGAUUGAAGUGCUCAAACAGAAAGAAGACAAGUUUGACUUCAUUCUCGACACACUCUUUAACGAUCCAGAUCUCUACUGGCAGUCCCAUCAGUAUCUCACACCAGAGGGGCAGUACGUUUGUGUCGGUCUACCACCACGCUUUCAGACAUUCAAAUCCCUCCUCGCUAUCAAUCUGUUACCGAGAUGGCUAGGUGGUGGCAAGAGAAAGUUCAAGUACCACUCUGUGACGGCGAACAGAAAGGACUUUGGACAGAUUGUGGAUUGGAUAAAGGAUGGAAAGGUCAAGGUUGUCAUUGAGGAGGAGUUCGGACUGGAGGAUGCGGGGAGGGCUUACGCAAGAUUGAAAGAAGGUAGAACUAGGGGAAAGCUGGUUGUUCGUGUUGGUGAAGAAUCUGGGGUUGAUGAACAAGCUAUGGUUCAGUGA